AUGGCUCAAGACAAAGACCGUGGAUGUUGCAACUUCUGCUUAAGCUUAAUCUUCGGAACUGCAAUCACCUCUCUCUUGUUAUGGCUAGGUCUCAACCGAAUGCGUCCCGACGAUCCAAAAUGCUCGAUCGAAUACUUUUACGUUCCUGCCCUCAACACAACUCUUGACUCACGACUCAAUACCACUCUUAACUUCGUGGUUCGUCUCGCUAAUCCAAACAGUGACCAAGGAAUCUACUACGAAGAUGUCCACCUUUCCUUCUCCAACACUACCAAUACCUCGAUCGCUAACUACACUGUGUCUCGAUUCUACCAAGGACUCAAAAAGAAAGCCAAGAAGUGGGGUCAGGUUCUGCCUUCGAACAACCAGACGGUUCUACGAGCUGUUUUGCCUAAUGGAUCGGCGGUUUUUCGGUUGGGUUUGAAGACACGAGUGAGGUUCACGAUUGCGUUUUGGAAAACAAAGAGGUAUGGGAUCGAGGUUGGUACUGAUGUUGAAGUCAACAGAGAUGGUGUUAAAGCUUAUGAUAAAGGAAUUAAGAUGAACAAAUCUGGCUCUUCUUCUUCGCUAAGAAGCUAUUUUCCGGUUUGUGUCUUGAUGAUUCUGCUCGUCUGUUUCGCGAUUUGUUUAAGUGAUUAA